UUUUGGCCAGUUUGGCGCCGGCGCCAACCGUAUCGCCUGCAUUUGAAAUAAUUUGAAAUAUCCAUGCGUAACGUCGCUCACCGUUUGAUGUGUUGGCGUCCGUACUUAGGUUACAGCGUUAAAGUCAGGCGCUUUUGUUGCCCGGAGUAGUUCAGCUAGCAGGCCUUGCGCUGAGCAAGUCUUGCCAAGAGCUACCAUUUCAAAUCUUGGCCGAUGGCGUCCGGAGCUUCAGCGACGUUGGAGAAGUUACUGCCGCUUGCGUCUUCCAAGGAUGCCACUGCAAAAGCAGAACUUCAACAAAAGAUCCAGGAAUUGCCUUCCACAGAGCUGGGGCCACUUUGGAAGGCUGUGUUUGAACAACUUAAAAAGACAGUUCUACAGGUCGUCUCUGAAGAACGAUUGGCAAAAGAAUGUCUUCCAUUUCUCGCACUUUGUCAUGCGGCCAUGAAGGCGGACACAUUGUGCAAUGCUCUCACAAAUUCCGCCCAUUUUCUAAAUGGUGUAAUGCCCCUACUGGAAGACGGAGAGCUGCUGGACUCCAUCCAUGCCUUCUGCGUCGCGUGGUGCACCAAAAAGCUUGACGGCUGGAAGGACCUGUGGUUCAACACCUUCAUAAGAUCUGUGCAGCUGUCCCUGAGGAAAUGCUCAAAGACGAAAGCAGAGAAGCUUGUUGCAUCUGUCCUGUUGAUGAAAUGUGGCCUGGGCAGUGGUGAAGAUGGACUGGAUGCCGUCGAACUGGAUUCUGAAGACUGCAAGGCCCUCUAUGAGCAGCUGGCCCAGUGUGCUGUCUCGCCAAAUUACCUCGGUAUUGCCAAGGGAAAGAGGUUUAUCUCCUUUGUGCUGACACUGGACAAAGGCCUCGCCAAUAACAUAUACAAGUUGGUGGAUGGUGCCUUGCCAACCAUGGCAAGUUCUCAUAUACACUUGUUGGCCCAAGCCUAUAUCACUGCAUGGAAAACUGUCGCCGGCACACCACAGGCUACGGUCCUCGAAGAACACAUGCAAGAGAUAAUGCAUUGGGCAGUGAACGGGGAUCUCACCACCGGCUACCAUGAGAACUUGUUUAAGUUUCUGAAAGUGCUGCAUGCAGCUCGAAAGGACAGACCCUUUGCUUUGAUGUUGUGCCGGGCUUACUACCCCAUCCUUUGGCGGGGCCUCCAGGCACGGAAUGCCAAGAUCCGGCACUCCGCAGCCAGGAUCUUUUUUGACACGUUUCCUCUUCUGGAGAACACCCAAGUUGCAUUGCAGCAGGAGGAGUUGGCAACACACUUUGAAGUGAUGCACAACCUCCUAUCUGAUGCACGUGCGGAGAUCCGAGCGCUAGCUGUCCGAGGGGUGUUCCGGCUCAUGGCCGACUUUUACGAGAUGUUUCCUGCUCACCAACGGAAGUCUCUCGCCAAGGUCCUGAUCGAGAAGAAUGCACAAGACAAGAACUCUCCCGAAUCGAGAAUUCGGGUUAACCAGGGGCUUGCUGCCAUGGUCGGCAAUCCAGGGACUCACGGCUUGCUCAAGGUCCUCAUUCCCAAGAGGAAAGACAGCCUCAACGACACUUACGCUGUUCAGGUGUCCUAUGUCAUGCUCCUGUCUGCAGCUCGCAGUAUACCAGGAUUCAAGUUCUGGGAGGAAGCCGACCCCAAGGUGCUGCUGUCACUGAUGGCCAUGGGCAAGCCACAGCUCUCGCUGAAAGUUGCCACGUUGCUGCGGAACAGCUACUUCAAUCCAGAUGCAGCUGACCGAAGGCAGAACUUGGAGCGCUGCUUGCUCCUCUAUUCACUCAAUCCGGCCUCUUUCCAAGUGUUCUACUCCCAGUUGACGCACAUCGCACCACACAAGCCCAUUGUCGAGUUCCUCAUCACGGUCUGCAGAGUGCUUUUGCAAAAUGCGGCAUUGCUCAGAAAGACGUGCUCCAAAGAGAAUCUCCUACCAGACGAAAUUGUUGGCAAUCAGGCGAAUGACUUGGAUGUGUACAAGAACCAGAAACCCAUGGAACAGAAGUCCGUCCACAUACUUGUCGAAGCACUGGCAAUCACCUACAGCAGCUUGUCUAUGCAAAAAGAGCUGACUUCCGAUGAACUCAAACCUCGUUGGAAGUUUCUCGUGGCUUUGAUGAAGAGGACCGUGAAUGAGUUGUUCCAGACCACUGAUAAGGCAUUAUCGCAAAGAUCCACCAACGUUGAGCGACAAUCAUCCUUGACGCAGAGCAGUGCUAUGAAUGGCGCCAAUACUGAGCAUGGCUCUCUCAGCUUGCAGAUUUCAGUGCUGAGUGCUGCCUCCCUACUGCCCCGCGAUGAAGCCAGCAAUUUGUCACUGCGGUGCUUCUCGAUGCUCCGCAACUUCCUGACUGUGUCCAACGCCGGCGCGCAGUUGAUCCUGUCCGAGGAGGCGAAGCAGUGCGUGCUGUUCAUGUGUAACAUGCACCGCGCAGCCGACGUCUUGGGACUCGUUGUUGAAUCUGUCGAAGAGCUGCAGAACAAGCAGACACCGGUCAAGCAGCGCCGAGUGCGCUUCUGUGUCGAACGGCGGCCCUGCAAUCCAGAGCUGGGGCUGCAGGUGCUCCGGCAACUGUUGGAGUCUCCUCACCUGCAGAUGAUGUUGCUCAAGCAUCACACCGUGCCCUUGUUCGACACGUGGAACGUUCUCUUGCGUAUUGCUGACUCGUUGAAGGACUUGCUCUCCAUCUCCAACGGCAGAAUGGUAGCUCAAGGCGAGAUGAUGACAGCCUUUGACUUGUUCCUCCUCCUAACGUACCUCCUUCAUGGCCAGAAGCACCCCGUGACCGAGGAGAAGUUCACGGCACCAUCAACAUUCGAGUGCCAGAUGGAGUGGAUACAGGAGCGCCUUUUGCCGAAGGUGCCAAGCCAAAAGGGAAGACGUCGGGAGUUGUCUGUACAGGUGGUCAAGAUUUUCCUGAAGGUGACUCGGGCAGUGUUCAUGGCAAAAUGGGCCACUUUUCACUUUGCGGAGAAAGCGCUGAGGUUCUUGGCACUGUGCAUGGAGAUGGAAGUGGACUGCCUCAAGGAGGACAUUGACCCAAUACCUCCAGUCGUAAAGAAGUUCAUGCGGGUCUUUGUGGACAAUGAGCAGCAGGCUUCCACCAUCACUGCCCUUUUGGAAAAGUUCGACUGCGUGGACGUCAGGGAGAAAAGCUCCUGCCGUAGGUUGCACAGGAGUUCGAAGGGGGAUUCCGAAACAAAUGCCACCGCUGGUGAUGAACGAAUGGUCACAUCGGAUGGUGCCGUCUCCGAUUGACCCACCAAAUCGCCAAACCUCUUUUACUUCACUUUUUAAGUCUCUACUUUCCUGCACCUGUACAUACACAUUAAUAACAUUUAAUUUUUCAUAGACGAAGCACACUUCGGGCAGAAAGUUUUUAAAGAUUUUAUUAAUUUUAGCUUGUGAGGGAUGUCACUUUCAAAGAAACUGCAGAUUUAUGUAUGGAAUAAGGCCAGUUAGUACAUGCCAUUACUUUUAAUGCACAAGAAAAAGCACGCGAAAAGCUUGAGACAAAAUCAAGCACUGACAUUGAACUGUUACUCAUUAGAAGUCUGAAGUUGGACACGCCAGUUUGUCUUGUGCUUUGCAUUUGUUCUUGUGCAGUACAAUUACAAUAAAUGUUCUUGACCCUUCUUAAUGGGAUGCAGAUACUCGAAAGAACAGUACUAGCAUAGGAAGUAGCUUUUGUGCUGUUUUGACCGUGCCUUGAAAACUACUCGUACUUUUACAUAAUAUAUGACGUGCCAGCUUCACAUGCUUGCCUUGUAAUGUAUAUUGAACGCUGCUGUUUUUAGUGUUAUACAUUGUUUUAUUUCAAGACAUUUGAAACCACAGGUUUGCAUAUGUGCUGUAAUUUUAUUUUCAAAUUACUGUGCCUUGUGGGCUGACAUUGUACAGAUAAUCUAAAUCUUUAUCUGUAAAUAAAUGGUUUUGAGAUCUUUAUGAA